UUUGAGUCACAAUGGCGUCAGUUUCACAGCCUCAGGGUUCAUGUCCUUAACUGGUGUGGUUGUGAUUGACGCUAUGCUGACCGACUAGUGAAACGCAUAGCAACCGUCAACCGAAGCGGGCCAGACCAGCCGUGUUUAUGAGACGCCAGCGGAGCAGGAUUAACGCGCAUUUACCCAAAACUGACUGCAGCGAGAAGGGAUAAUACACACCGGUGCAUUAUUCAAAAAACAAUGUCGUGAGGCGACAUCGCUAUAUGAGCUGGUCUCGGUGAAGCAUUUAUUUUUUGUCUCCGGAAAGAGAACUGGGGUUGGGACGAGUCGAGGGAGCAGAAGAAAAAAAAAAAUCCACAAGACACUCACAUUGAGAGCGGUUUCCAUCACUCGGGAGUUUCGGUGUGGAAGCGAUCACCGAUUAUACAAACGGCAAAACAACACGGUUUUCAUUUUGGAACAGAAGAAGAAAAAAAAAAAAAAAAACCUCUUAGAUUUGUGAUGCUUUUGUUUUCAUUUUGGGAGAUUUCACUUUUUUCACGCGUGGUUUAUUUGUAUUACUAUUAUUAUAUUUUUGGUUACGCGAAAAAUAUCCAAGCAAACUUUUAAAGCAAGUGAAAAAAAUAAAUAAAUUACAAAAAAAAAAGCUUAAUCGGCGACAACAAACACGAGAGGAAGCAGACCUAGGGAAAUAGAAAGCGUUUUCCAAUUGAGCGCCACUCGUUUGUGUUUGAAGAAAAAUACUUGAGUUCGGUCAUGCAAUUGAAACUAUUGUUGUCUUUACUGACAAAGAGGACUGUAGGCUGUGCACACUGCUGUUCAGGAACGAUUACAUGGGAAAUGGGAUCGUGUCUACUCUAGCGAUGUUAUUAUGAUGAAUAUCUACAUUGAAACAGGUUCGAUAUUUACAUACCCUACCCUACCCUGACUUGACAACGCGGAAUUGUUUUUAUAUGUGUGUGUGUGUGUGUGUGUGUGUAUAUAUAUAUAUAUAUAUAUAUAUAUAUAUAUAUAUAUAUAUAGUCUUCCCAUGAAGUGACAGAUCAAAUCUAAUUGAAUGGGACCGCCCGGAUUUAUUUCAGUGCGUGCGUGCUACUUAAGUUCUCUGAAAUGGUGAAAUCUAUGAGCUGCUGUCUCAAUUACCAGCAUUUGCAUGCUUUAAAUGAUGGAUUAGAUUUUUUACCAAGUGAACAAUAUUUUUAAAAUCACAACAUACGCCAAAUAGCACUGUCAUUUUUUUUAUAUAAUAAUAAUGUGUGUGCAGCAGAGCAAAUUAUAUAUAUAUAUAUAUAUAUAUAUUUUUUUUUUAUUUGCUUCCACUGAAUAAGUACGAGUUCAAUCUCCAAAAAAAAGUAAAUUAGCUAAAAUCCAUCGCCAACCGCCAUAGAUUCUCAUCGGAUUACAAACUUGGGAAGUCCGUUUUGUUUCGCUUGGGGAUCCCUUUCUUUGGAUGGUGGCUCCAGUCUCUAUCUGGAACCAUGAUGAUACUAAGCAGAAAGCCAGAGGGGCCGAUUACAGCCGCCAGACAUGGGGACGGUUUGUACGACUCGUACAUGCGAACAGACCAGGCUGGUAACCACGGCACUGACGCCAACGGCCACAGCCCCGCUGCUCUGCCACCCCUUCCCAAACACACAGGCGGGAGUGUCCACAAGACCUCACCAAAGGAUCAACAUCAAGUUGGGGGUCGAGACCAUAUGAAGAUUAGACAGUUGCAUGAGGACGCUUCCAAUAGAAAGCCGAACGGUGCCCUGCAGCACAAUGGCAUUCACAGCACUGCAAAAGCACAACCUGUGACGGCCAAAGAACGAAAUGUGGACAGCAGCGGCUCUGCCAAGUCCGGGGACAGCUUGGGUAAAACUACCAGGCCUGGCCUAUUGACUCCCGAACAAGCCUUGAAGCAGCACAAGCAGCAACUCACUGCCUUGGAGCAGCAGGAGAUCCACAGCUAUCCUGAGAUCUACUUUGUGGGACCAAAUGCCAAAAAGAGGCAAGCCGUAGUGGGUGGCGCCAACAACAAUGGUUACGAUGACGACCAGGGGGGCUACAUCCACGUGCCUCACGAUCACCUGGCUUACCGCUACGAGGUCCUCAAAGUCAUCGGCAAGGGGAGCUUCGGGCAGGUGGCGAAGGUUUACGACCACAAGCUCCACCAGCACCUGGCCCUGAAGAUGGUGAGGAACGAGAAGCGCUUUCACCGGCAGGCGGCCGAGGAGAUCCGGAUCUUGGAGCACCUGAAGAAGCAGGACAAGACGGGCAGCAUGAACGUCAUUCACAUGUUCGAGAGCUUCACCUUCCGCAACCACAUCUGUAUGACUUUCGAGCUCCUCAGCAUGAACCUCUACGAGCUGAUCAAGAGGAACAAGUUCCAGGGCUUCAGCCUGCAGCUGGUGCGCAAAUUCGCCCACUCCAUCCUGCAGUGCCUGGAGGCCCUCCAACGGAACAAGAUCAUCCACUGCGACCUAAAGCCCGAGAACAUCCUCCUCAAGCAGCAGGGCCGCAGCGGCAUCAAGGUCAUCGAUUUCGGCUCCAGCUGCUUCGAGCACCAGCGCGUCUACACGUACAUCCAGUCCCGCUUCUACCGGGCGCCGGAGGUCAUCCUUGGCUCCCGAUAUGGGAUGCCCAUAGACAUGUGGAGCUUUGGUUGCAUUCUGGCCGAACUGUUGACUGGCUAUCCUCUGUUCCCCGGUGAGGAUGAAGGGGAUCAGUUGGCUUGCAUGAUGGAAGUCCUAUUCAUGCCCCCACAGAAGCUGAUGGAGCAGUCCAAGAGGGCUAAGAACUUUAUCAACUCCAAGGGGCACCCGCGCUACUGCACUGCCAGCACCCUGGCUAACGGAACUGUGGUGCUGAACGGCAGCCGGUCGCGGAGAGGUAAAAUGCGAGGAGCGCCGGGCAGCAAGGACUGGGUGACGGCCUUAAAGGGCUGCGAUGACCCCACCUUCAUCGAUUUCUUAAAAAAGUGUUUGGACUGGGACCCUGCCACACGCAUGACCCCGAACCAAGCGCUGAGACACCCUUGGCUUUACAAGCGUUUACCCAAACCUGUCGCUGCAGACAAAACGCCUGUCUCUAAACGGAUUACAGAACAUAGCACCUGCUUCCCAGGGAUUAUUUCCAAGCUGCCUUCCACAAUCGGAGCAGGCAGUAAACUGAGGACCAAUCUGAUAGGAGACUCGAAUGGAAGCAUACCCUUACGCACUGUGCUACCCAAACUCGUAACAUAGGACUUUACAAUCACAAUUAUGUAGGACUGGUUUUUAUUGUUGUGUGUGUUUUUUUUUUUACACUUUUUAUGAAUUUGAGCCAAUUCACUUUGCAUAAUACAGUAGCAAUGAAAAAAAAAUGUAUCUAUACCACCUUUGGUCAGCUGUUUUUUUUUUUUUUUUUUUUUUUAAGGAUUUGAAUAAGUUUUAAAUACUGUUUAAUCAACAGUUUGGUCAGUGUAGUUUACAAGUCCCAUUCUUUUUUCAACACUAACCUUCAGAAAGUAUGGCUAGGAUCACACACACGCACCCACAUAUCCAUGUCACUGUAGCAGUAACAAAAGGACUAUAAUCAUUUACAAAUCAUUUUAAGGGCUACAAUAGACCUUACUACUUCAGUGUGAAAUAGCACUAAAUUAAACUGUCAGCCUGAGAGAUUAAUUUUUUUUUUUAAGUGUAGUUUUAAUAUAUUUAAAAUACCAUUGCGUUACAAUGUGAAGUUUUAUUAUAAGAUACCAAGAACCACGACCUCAUAUCCACGUCAGUCUUCCGAGAGAAUUCAACCAGUGUGCUGCACGCUGCACAGAAGACUUUGUGUUCUGCAUACUGCUGCAAUACAAGGAUGGAAAUACGACUUGAACCAUUCCUGGUUUCGCAGUGAGUUUAAUAAGACAGACAUGAGCUUAUUACCCAUAAACUGUGGCUAAUCAAGCUGGUGUUAAAGCCUGGAAUGGAUGAAACUGCUGUGCAAUAUGAACCUUGGAUUUUGUGUGUUAUCCGUGUUGCAGAUUCAGGUUUCACUGUAUGAUUCAGUGUGUUGUUUGCCUGUUUAUUUUAGACUUGGAAAGCUGCCUCUUUCCACACAGUGAUUAGUUAAAUACACAUUUCCCCAUCACACUGAUACAAAACUUGCGUGGCAUUAUUGGGCACAGUACUAAUCGUUAUAAAAAUAAAUGUCACAAAACUAUUUGUUUGAUUUACAAGAUGGGAAUCUGUCUGGUGUCUGUUGUGGAAUCUGAUGGUAUCUGUUUUGCAAAUUGGUUUUUAAAAAAUGUGGUUUAGCAAGGCUUAAUUUGAAUAAAUACACACACAAAGAAAGAGACAAUCGGGUUCUGUUUUUCAUAUGAAAAUAAAAAAUAACACCAAACGUUGCAUUGCAAAUGAAAUAACUUCACUUUUUUGCCGUUAAAGAAUCCUAAUUAAGAAACUAUUAUAAUUUUUUUUUUUAAAGAGAAAUUAGAGGUGUAUUGAGUAUAACCCUAAAUAACACUAAUGUGAAUGAUUUUCCUACUUUUCUAUUUCCUUUGUCACUGGCUGACACCAGGAAGGGUUUUUUCAAUGAGUUUUGUCAAUACUUUUACACAGUAUUUCAUUAUUGUUCUUUUAAGUAGUUGUGAUCAUUGGUUCACUCUGGUUCAAAUAAGAUUAGUGUUGGAUUAUUCCAUUUUCAAUAUUCAAUAUUUACUGAAACCUCUCAAUCUUGAUCACAUGUAUUCCCUUUUAGAAUAUAUUUGUUUACUGCUUGCUGUAACUAAUGUGUAGCAACUCUUGUGUUAUUUCUAUUCAUAGAAGAAUAAGCCAGGUUGACUUGCCAAAUUUCAGCAAAAUAUUAUUUUAUACGAAGGAGAUAUUGCCUAUUUUCACUUUGCAUAGCAUAAAAGUUUUUCAGAUCUUUAAUUCAUUAAGAUAACACGAGCCAAUAAAAAAGAACUUGGUGGCACACAUCUACUCCAGGUUAACAGAUCAUCAGUUAGUGAGUGACACAUUUCAUAUGGUUUUAAAGAUCACCAAACAGUGAAAAAUACGUUUCCAUUUCUUCUGUCAUAGUGAAUCUCUUAAUAGGGGGUUAUAACACUAGUGUGGUGAAUUGCUGUAAAAAUUGUCGCUCCUCUGCUAAUAAGUCUAAUUUUAUUUUUUUGAGUCUCUAGCUAAGGUUAUGGGAGGUUCAGAUCAUGACGGUCAUUCAUACCAUUAAACAGAUUUCAGCAGAAUUUAAGUGUCUGUUUCCCAGGUUCAGUGAGUGUCUUCAGCAGGCUGAAUACAUGUUUCAGAAAACCAUUUCAGUUUCAGCGUGCAGUCGUAGCUCUGCACACCCCAGCAUACUGGAUGCAGGUACACUGAGCUCUGGUUCUGUGCCUUAAUUCAACUUGUGUUGUAUUGCAGCGUUGACUGCGUUUCUUUCCACUUUCAGGGUUUAUGAUUUUUAUAUUUUAUAGACCUUUUUAGAAUUGUUACGAAAAUAGUUUUAAGGAAUGAUGUACAUACUGUAAUUUUGAAUUUGCAAUGUUUUAGAAGUGUGACUAAUUCUAAUAGCAUGUGUAUUGUGUGUGUGUGUGUGUGUUUGUGUGUGUGUGUUUGUGUGUGUGUUUAAGGAGUAUGAGCAGGUAUUGUAACUCUUGAAGGCAGAAUACUUGUCAAGGCUGUUAAGUAACCAAACAAGCUUGUAUUUGUUUAUUCCUUUUUUUAGUAAAAUAAAUAACUAUAAUACAUGCA